UUAGCAUCCGCAGAUUUGACCACGAAAAUAAAGGCUCAAGCAAUAGUCCUGCCCCAGUUGACGAAAAUGCUUCCCAAAUUCCAGCCAACUCUCGAACAACGAGAAAAAUGUUCUCACCACCAGCUAGCAGACACCAACUGCCGCUCCCCGUCCCAAAUCGAUCUGGUCACUGGCAGUGACCUCAUUCCUGAAAUAAUGCUGGAAGGCAUUGAGAAAAUUUCCAAAAAUCUGCUUGCACAAAACACCAUUUUCGGUUGGAUCUUAAGUGGUCAAAUCCCCGAAAAAAUAGCCUGUUUCUCUACUCAAGCUGUACCGAUCUCCAAUGAGAUUUUAUAUUCCCAGCUGCGAAAGUUUUGGGAGCUUGAAGAGGUUCCGAAACCCAAACUUAUUUGGCCUGACGAUGAAAAUUUUGAAAAAUUCUAUCAGUCCACCACUACACGAGCAACUGAUGGUCGUUAUGUAGUCAGACUGCCCUUUAAGCCCAGCUUCCCAGACCCAAUCUCCCUUGGCCCGUCUCGCACCCCCGCCCUCCAACAGUGCCUGAGCAUGGAAAGAAAUUUGCUCAGAAAAGGCGAUCUAAAAUCACUUUACGAAAAUGUAUUAAACGAAUAUCUCACCCUCAACCAUAUGGAAGAAACAACUUCCCAUGAGAUAUCUUCUCAAGGCAAAUAUUGGUCGUUCUACCUCCCACGGACCAACCCUUCAACCCGACUUGAUGCUAUUGAUCCUCAAGUGGCGUAUGUAUCGAUUUGUCUUUAACGGCGAUGUCGAAAAA